UUUUUUUAAUUUUUUUUGAUUCAUUGAAAACCCCACCUCGAUAAACAACAUCACUUUGCCAUAACUAGACACACAUAAUUUCCUUCGUUUCUCACAAGGAAGGAUGGGUCCACAAGCGAAAAAGAGAAAGGUCGCCAGCAAAGUCGAAGAGAUCAGCUUUGACGCGGCCGAUCGGCAGGAGUUUCUCACAGGCUUUCGCAAGCGGAAGCAACAACGAAUUAAACAUGCACAAGAGGUGGCAGAACAAAAGGCUCGGGAGUUGAAGAGGGAGUCGCGGAAAAGGAUGCGCGAAGAACGAACCGCGGAAUUCCAACAGGCACUGGAAGAACAUCGGAGACAGCUCAAGAGGCUGAAGGAAGAAGAUAGCGACAAUGAGAACUCGUCUUCAGGAAGUGAUAAUGACGAAGGCGACGAUCAGGGAUGGGAAGGGUUCGAAGAACCGCCAGCCGUGGACUACGAAGCGGAAUACAUAGAUGAAGACAAAUAUACUACGGUCACCGUGGAGGAAAUGGAUCCCUCCAAGGAAGGUCUACUUCGAUCGGUAGGCGAGGAUGAUGAGGAAGAGGAAGAGGAAGAGCGGACUGAGGCGACCCCUGCAUCGGACGCCAGCUCGAAAUCUUCCAGCGAAAAGAGCAAAAAGAAGACCGAUACCAAGCCGAAAAAGAAGAAGUUCCGUUACGAAAGCAAAGAGGAGCGGAAGCUCUCAAGGGCGAAAGAACGCAUGUCAAACCAAAGGAAGGCCAAGGCUCGACGAGAACGCUCAUAACAUUCAGUCUUAUACAGCACAGCAAAGCACUCAUGAACCACCAUUCGGUUAAGAAUAUAGAAGCCAGAGGGGUAAUCCCAUUAAAUAUGCUCUAUGUACCUUCACAAAGACUAAUAUGUUAUAAUAAAAGGACAGACAUGGUCACGAGGAUGGGCGGAGACCGGUUGAUGAAGAGGAUGAAGCCAGCUAGAUGACACGACGACAGGAUACGACUAAAUCCGUCUCCUGCCGACAGAAAAUUAUAAAUCAAACUGUGAUGUGCAGGAAGAGAGAGCAAAGGUAAAAGUAUAUUUGGAAAAAGGGCUGAAUCCCACAUCUUCCGGAGCUCGGCGCCAUCUCUCUAGACGUUGCUGAUCGAGACCUCGAGGUCGUGCAAAUCCUUCU